AUGGCAUCCCUUCUGCAGCCAUCCUUGCGAGCGCCCUUGCUCUUACGCCGGUGCGCGGCGUCUGCGCCUCUGCAUGGCUUGGGCCCAUCCUCACCUUCGUCCUCCUCACGCGCGAGCCUGGCUCAGGUUACGCGGACGGGGGGCGAUGACAAGUCUGCUUCACUCUCCGCGUGGUGGAGGCGCAGGCAAGACGGCGGAGGCGCUCGAGCGCUUCCGCCCGAAGGAGCACAACGGCUGAGCCAGGAGCUGGCGCAAUACGCUGCCGAGCUUCAGCCCAGCCAAGAGCUGGUUUCACAGAAGGACGAGUUUCUGAAGAGGCUUCAAGGGCACCUGGCCCAGAUCAUCGAUGGGGCGGACCUUUCGCCGUUCGGGUCGGUCGUGAACGGCUUCUGGACGCCAACGAGCGACGUCGACGUUUGCGUCCGUGUUCCAGGAGCUUCCACUCGGAAUGCUCAGAUCCAAGUCUUGCGGCAAAUUUCUGCCGAACUGACCAAGGCGAAGACCCACUAUGUCGAAGCGAGGUUCGGGGCCCAGGUGCCGAUCCUGCAUUGGGCCCCGCUUAGGCCCGGCAUGGUUUCCUGCGACAUCAGCGUGAACAAUGUCCUCGCGGUUGUGAAUUCAAGGCUGGUGGGUCACUACGUGCGGCUGGACGAUCGCGUUCGGACGUUGGGUCUUUGUAUCAAGGCCUGGGCUGCGGCUCGCCGCAUCAACGAUCGAAGUCGUGGGACGAUCUCCUCGUUUGCUCUGGUAUUGAUGCUGAUUCAUUUCCUUCAGCGUCGGGACCCACCGGUUCUACCAUCUUUGCAGGACAUUGCCUUCAGCCAGAAUGAGAAGCCGAAGUUUGUCAACGGUGUGGACUGCCGGUUCUGCACUGAUGCUGGCAAAAUCCGGGAGGAGUUGGCGUAUUUGCGAGGUGCACGUGCACCCAACGAGGAAGACGCAGCAACCUUGCUGCUCGAGUUUUUCCGCUACUUCGGGAAAGACUACCGGAGCGGCAUCAUCCGAAUCCGGGACACUCGUUCGAUGCUGCCUCCUGGUGACGAGACCAAGUGCUUCUUGGUCGUGGACAACCCCUUCGAGGUCGGCAAAGACGUGGCAAACAUUGAUGCCUCUCAGCAGAGUGCUCUCCGAAAGGAGUUCCGGCGAGCGUGGAGCUACCUAAAUCAGGGCCGGAGCUUCUUGGAUCUCUUGCAGGAUCCCGAGAAAGAUGGCUGA